GAGGGAGGAAGGGAGAGAAAACCUUCCUCUGCACUGAACAUAAUUUCCUUGACCACACUCCAGAGAGGAGGGGAGUGAGCAAAGUGAACAGGCUCCUCUCUGGUGAUGGCAUUCACUCCCAAUGUGGGCUUCUAGGCAAGGGAAAGCCUUUCAACUGUUUGAUUUAAUAAGGACUUACCUCCAUCCUAACGGAUUAUCCUCACCUGGAACCCAGGGACCACAGUAAAAGGGGUAGAAGAUGCGAUCGAAAAGCAAUAGCAUGGACAGCACUGUUAAUGGCGUGUUGGUUGUGCCCUGCGGACCUCAUGACAUCAGCCAAGAGGAGGACUGCAAACUGCAUGCCCCUGACAAGAGUAAGACGCUGAAAGAACAGCAAAAGGAUGACGCAGAGCAGGAGCUUUCAGGGACUGAGAAAACAGACGAGAAGUCCACAGAAAACAAUCACCUAAACCCCGGGCUGAGGGACCUGUCCAAAGAUGACCUUCUGAAACUUCUCGGAAUCAUGGAAGGGGAGGUUCAGGCGCGUGAGGAUGUGAUCCGGGUGCUGAGGUCUCAGCAUUGCCAGGGAGACGCAGGAGGCCCGGAGUCCCGUUACGGCUCUGUGGGCCCCACCAAAGCCCUGCAGGCCCUGCAGAGAGACGGCCUCCUCCUGCACUCCAAGGGCCACAAGGACGACGUCUACGAGAAACCCAUUGCAGCGCUGGACCAGUUGCAGGAUAAGCACAAGGAGGCGUAUCGUCGUAUGCUGGAGCAGCUCCUGAUGGUGGAGAAAUGCCACCGUCGCACCCUCCACGAGCUGGACAUCGAGAAGCGCAAGCAUGCCGACUACAUGAACAAGAGCGAUGAUUUCACCAACCUGCUGGAACAGGAGAGAGAGAGGUUGAAGAGAUUGCUGGAGCAAGAGAAAGCAUAUCAAGUGCGCAAAGACAAAGAGAACACCAAACGUUUGGAGAAGGUCAGAGCAGAGCUUGUGAAACUCAAAUCCUUUGCGCUCAUGCUUGUAGAUGAACGACAACUCCACCUCGAACAGAUUGAUCAGCAAAACCAGAAGACCAAGGAGCUUACUCAAAACCUCCAGGAGAAGGAGCUGAAGCUCAGUGAGGUUGGCAACCAGGCAAAAGAGGACAGUCAGAAAGUUCUCACGCUAGAGACAGAGUUAAAGGACACGUCAACAAAGAUUGCGAAGGAGCAUGAAGAGAUGACUGCCAAGCUAACAAGUCAAGAGUCCCAGAACAAACAGUUGCGACAAAAGGUGGCUGGGCUGACAUCAAAAAUCGAAGCUCUAGAAGAGACCAAUGGAGCACUGCAGAAAUCAGCUGAUGAAUUACAGGAGCUCAGGGACAAAAUUAGCCAGGGAGAAUAUGGAAACUCAAACCUCAUGGCGGAGUUGGAGAACCUCCGUAAGAAAGUUCUAGAAAUGGAGGGCAAGGACGAGGAGAUCACCAAAACAGAAACACAUUGUAAAGAGUUGCGUAAGAAACUCCAAGAGGAGGAGUGCCAAGGCAAAGAGCUAAAGCUGGAGGUUGAGAGACUUCAGGUGAAGAUGGCUGAGCUGGAGAAACUAGAGGGGUCCUUUAGUUUUAGUCGAGCUGAUUGUUCGCAGCUCCAGAUUGCUUUGGAAAAAGAGCAGAGUCUCUCAAAAGAGCUAACAGAUGAACUGGUGGCACUGAAGAUCCGUGUGAAAGAACUAGAGUCAAGUGAGUUAAAACUGGAAAAGGCAGAAUUAGCCCUUAAGGAUGACCUUAUAAAGCUAAAAUCUGUUACUGUUGUGAUGUUUAAUGAACGCAAGAGCAUGGCAGAGAGAAUAAGAUCAGAAGAAAAGAAAAGGGAUGAGUUGAGCAAACUGUACAAGGCUGAGCAAGAGAAAGUAAUGGAAGUCACUGAGAGACUGAUUGAGGAAAGCAAAAAGCUUUUGAAAUUCAAGUCAGAAAUGGAAACCAAAAUGUCAAUUCUUACAAAAGAGAGGGAUGAACUAAAGUCUAAGCUGGUUAUUGAGGAAGACAUGAAUAAGGAGAUCAGCACAAGAGUAUGUAUAUUGACACAGAAAAUCGAUGGGCUAGAGGGAGUAGAAAAGGAAUCUGCCAAAUAUAUGUUAAAGCAAGAAUCAGGUAGACCGUUAGAUGAAAGUAGACAGGAUGAGAGUAGAAUAAAAGAACUGACUAUGGAAAUCGAGAGGCUGAAGAAUCGUCUGAAACAACUCGAGGUUGUGGAGGGAGAUCUCAUCAAAACUGAAGAUGAGUAUGACAUGUUAGAAAAAAAGUUCAAGACAGAGCAGGAUAAGGCAAACAAUCUCUUUCAACAAGUAGAGGAGAUGAAAAGUCAAAUUGCAUUUAAUAAAGCAAUAGAAAGAGGUGAGACUGUGAUCCAGGAGGCAGAAUUACGGCAGCGAUGCCUGGCAGAAGAGGCUAAAAACAGGGACCUGGAGGCUGACGUACUUGCCCUGAAGGAGAAGAUCCAUGAACUUAUGAACAAAGAAGACCAGCUCUCACAACUGCAAGUGGACUACAGAGUCCUUCAACAGCGUUUUCUUGAAGAAGAAGACAAGAAGAAGAGCAUAAGCAAUGAGGUUCUCAACCUCAGCAAAGAGCUUGAGGUUACUAAGCGUUACAGUCGCGCCCUAAGGCCAAGCACAAAUGGGCGUAGGAUGAUGGACGUUCCAAUGACAUCUACUGGAGUGCAGACUGACCCAGUGACCAAUGAUACUAUUGAGGAGGACACACCUGCUGUGUUUAUCAAGAAGUCUGUGCAAGAGGAAAAUCAUAUCAUGAGUAACCUUCGACAACGAUGCCUCAAAAAAUCGACAGAACGAUCAACUGUUGACCGCUACCCCUCUGCGGCUAGUGACAUGAGGAAGUCCUGGAUUCCCUGGAUGAGGAAGAAGGACAGCAGUCACAAUGGCUCUGACAAGUCUUUGCAAAUAAACGGGGAGUGCUCACCUGCUGAGCUCACCUUGUCUCAAAAACAAGGGCAACCUUUACAUAUCAGGGUAACUCCAGACCACCAGAACAGCCAGGCAACCCUUGAAAUCACAAGUGCGCCUACCUCCAACAUUUACUCAAGUACAACAGUGAUCUCAAAUCAGGGCCUUCAGAAGCCUCGCAUAACGAUCAUUCCUACCACCCCGCACAUCACUCCCACAAAAAACAGAACUAGUGAAUGUCCACAGGGGCCAGAGAGGGCCAAGUCCCCAGUCACAAUCACAACCAUCUCCAGGGCAAAAUCUCCUGAAAGCAGGAUCCCCUGCUCAGACAGAUCCAUGUCACCUGUCUCAAUCAUGUCCGUCAGCACUUCCUCACUCUCAGACGUCUCAAGCUCUCCAGAACCACAGGAGAUGAUAACUGGUCGGGCUGUUUUCAAGGUGACCCCUGAGAAGCAGAUGGUGCCCGCACCUAUUAAAAAAUAUGCGUGCAGCUCCAACAUCGUCACCACCGAGGACAACAAAAUUCACAUUCACUUGGGCUCUCAGUUCAAGAAGCCUUCUGAAAGCAGCAACCAUAUAGGGGCUAUCAGGUCACCUGCUGAGGCAGCUGAGGGCAAGGAGAUCUCGACUGGAACGGUCCUGCGCUCCCCACGCCAGAGUUCCUUAACUCCCAAGGCUGCAGCCAGCAAAGUGACGAGCAGUAUCACCAUCACCCCAGUGUGCACAGCCCCAGCAAGACCAGUGCUGUCUGUGCAACCAGUACAAGACAUUCUCUCCCCUAAGUCUGGAGCAAGCCGAAUCCCCAUGUCCCGUGGUAUGAAAACAGGGAAGGCAGUGUUGGGAGCCCUUGGCAUCUCCAGUGCAAUGAAGAUGGAGGCACGCGCAGAUGGCCAGUCAAUGAGAAUAGAGCUGAAGAAGUCUACAAUCAGUGGUGCUUCCUUUCUGAGCGGAGGGAAAAGUUGAAUUUUUAAAAGCGGACAUUUCACAAUAAAACAACCCUGCUUUUUGAAGCAGUCAGGGAGUUUAACAGCUCAAACUGUGAACUGUACUCUAAAGACCAUUUCCUAAAACAAGUCAGGUGGCAUCAUUUGCUUGUGCAAAUCUGUUCCUGUCUUGAGUGUACACAGCUAACAAAAGAUCUGGGUACACCGGUGCUGGGUCUUUGGCCACAAAGCCUUGAGUAGAUACAUUGCUGUUCAUGUGUUUUGAAUACAGACUCUCCGAAAGUCAAUAUACUGGUAGACAAAACUAUUUAACAUCUAUGUUUAGGAUCAGCUUGGGAUCUUUUCUUAGUAUUAAUCAUAAUUGAGUGAACAAAGGUGAUGUCCUGCUGGGACAUGCUGCUAAAUGACUAAAACGAUAACUGCUUUUCUGUAUUCAUAACCAUUUCACUAAGUGGGACUUUGUGAUACUAUUUUUAUGUUGUUCAUUGUAACUGUUGAUGCCAUAUCUUCUACAAAGUAGCUAAAAUGGUUUUUUAUUGUUUAUUGAAUGAAUCAUUUUGAAAUAAAAAGGUUUUCAUUUCUUUUGA